UUGCGCAUGCGUGCAUGAUUGGCAAAGCACCGAACAGGUCGUGUUAGCUGAGUUGUGCUUCGCAAAUUUCACCCGAAAGAGUACUUUUUGGAGAGUAAAUAUGUCAACAAGUGAUUUCUAUUUGAGAUAUUAUGUUGGGCACAAGGGGAAGUUUGGACAUGAGUUCCUGGAAUUUGAAUUCAGACCUGACGGUAAACUGAGAUAUGCAAACAACAGCAACUACAAGAACGAUGUCAUGAUCAGGAAAGAGGCGUAUGUCCACAAAAGUGUGAUGGAGGAGCUGAAGAGGAUCAUCGAUGACAGUGAGAUCACCAAAGAAGAUGAUGCACUGUGGCCGCCUCCUGACAGGGUUGGCAGACAGGAGCUGGAAAUUGUAAUUGGAGACGAGCACAUUUCAUUCACAACUUCCAAAAUUGGCUCCUUAAUUGAUGUCAACCAGUCAAAGGACCCUGAAGGUCUUCGUGUGUUUUACUACCUGGUGCAGGAUCUGAAAUGUCUUGUCUUCAGUCUCAUUGGUCUACACUUCAAGAUCAAGCCCAUCUAAAAUGUGGAUUUUGUUCAUUUUAAUUGCUUUAGCUGUUUGUUGUUGAACUUCCGCAUUUGUACAUUUGCUUAUGGUCAUACAGUUUUUUUUUUUAUUUUAAAUAAAGGGUGACAAACCUUACUGUUUUGCCCAAA